GCCCCAGCGCGUCCCACCGAUCAUCGUGUCCAGGUGUGCCUGAGCCAGCGCCCCUUCUCCCCACCUGCAGCCCCGGCCCGAUGGGGUGGUGACCCUCCCCUCCCCGCUCCGGCGCCAUGUGGCCCAACGGCACUUCCCUGGGGCCCUGUUUCCGGCCAACCAACAUCACGCUGGAAGAGCGGCGCCUGAUCGCCUCUCCCUGGUUCGCCGCCUCCUUCUGCCUGGUGGGCCUGGCGUCCAACCUGCUGGCCCUGAGCGUGCUGGCGGGUGCACGGCAGGGCAGUUCACACGCCCGGUCCUCCUUCCUCACCUUCCUCUGCGGCCUGGUGCUCACCGACUUCAUGGGGCUGCUGGUCACCGGCGUGAUCGUGGUGUCCCAGCACGCCAUCCUCUUCGACUGGCACGCGGUGGACCCCAGCUGCCGCCUCUGCCAGUUCAUGGGCGUCAUCAUGGUCUUCUUCGGCCUCUGCCCGUUGUUGCUGGGGGCAGCCAUGGCCUCGGAGCGCUACCUGGGCAUCACCCGGCCUUUCUCGCGCCCCACGGUGGCCUCGCAGCGCCGGGCCUGGGCCACGGUGGGGCUGGUGUGGGCGUCGGCGCUGGCGCUGGGCCUGCUGCCCCUGUUGGGUGUGGGCCGUUACACAGUGCAGUACCCCGGCUCCUGGUGCUUCCUCACGCUCGGCGCCCAGCCCGGGGAUGUGGCCUUCGGCCUGCUGUUCACGCUCCUCGGCAGCUUCUCGGUCGGGCUGUCCUUCCUGCUCAACACUAUCAGCGUGGCCACUCUCUGCCACGUCUACCAUGGGCAGGAGGCCGCCCAGCAACGCCCGCGGGACUGCGAGGUCGAGAUGAUGGCUCAGCUCAUGGGCAUCAUGGUGGUGGCCAGCUUCUGCUGGAUGCCGCUGCUGGUCUUCAUCGCUCAAACGGUGCUGCGCAGCCCUCCCGCCAUGAGCCCCACGGGGCAGCUGUCCCGAGCCACCGAGCAGCAGCUGCUCAUUUACCUGCGUGUGGCCACCUGGAACCAGAUCCUCGACCCCUGGGUGUACAUCCUGUUCCGCAGGGCCGUGAUCCGGCGCCUCCACCCUCGCCUCAGCGCCAGGCCCAGGUCGCUGUCCCUGCAGCCACAGCUCACCCAGAGACGCACAGUGCAGUAGAGCCCGAGGGGGCGGCCGCACGGAAACCCCCCCCAGCCGGCGCGUCCCUCCCGAGAUCUCCCUCCUCCUUGACGGUCACAGCUGCCUGUUAUGGGGUUCCAGGAGCUGGGAGUAUCAGAAGGACCAAGCCUUUGAAUGGCAGGAUCGUAGGCUGUCCUCCAUCAGCGUUGGGGACUCCCCAACUCUUCCCCAUCCCCCUGCCCGCCCCAGGAAGGGUGGGCAGGCAUGUUGGGGGGGGGUGUGAGGAAACGAGACUUGCAAACCUCCCCUUCCAGAAAUCCUCUGGGAAUGGGGCACUCCGAACCCUGACUUUGACCUGCUUCCUGGGGUACAGUUGAUCCCCUUGGACACCCCAACCCGAGAAGGCUCUGCUUAGGAAAUACUGAAUGUGCACAGUCAACACACCCCCUCUCUUGCCAAAAUAUAUCUUGGCCCCCCCAGCCUUACUGUCCUUUGGGUCUGGGAGUCAUCAGUCUUUAAA